AUGCAAGCUAUGCUACGAAAGUAUGGGGUUGUCCACAAAGUUUCUACUCCUUAUCACCCCCAGACUAAUGGGAAAGCUGAGGUUUCAAAUAGAGAGAUUAAGAGGAUCUUGAAGAAGAUAGUAAAACCUAACAGGAAGGAUUGGAGCCGUAGACUUAAGGAUGCGCUUUGGGUGCAUAGGACAGCCUACAAAGCACCUAUAGGGAUGUCUCCCUAUCGGGUUGUUUUUGGUAAGGCAUGUCACCUACCAGUUGAGAUAGAGCACCGUGCAUAUUGGGCUGUGAAGCCUUGUAACUUAGCUCUUGACCAAGCGGAAGAGGAAAGAAAGCUCCAACUGAAUGAGCUUGAUGAAAUCCGCUUAGAGGCCUAUGAGAACUCUAAGUUUUACAAAGAAAAAACAAGAGAUUCCAUGACAGCUUGA